AUUCCCCGUCAGCACCAGGCGAUCGCCGAGAAACAGCGACAGGAGCGAGACCUGUGUGUAAACAACACAGUUCUCCUCCCUGUCAGCUUGGGGACACUGCUUUGGAUGGCUGUGCACAGCCAUCCAAAGCAGUGUGCUUACAGUGAAGCACACAGACUGUCCCCCAUAGUAAAACACACCCAGAACAUAGUUAACCCUUUUGAUCACCCCUCAUGGUAACCCCUUCCUGCUCAGUGCCAUUAGAACAGUGUCAGUGCUUUUUUUAGCACUGAUCACUGUAUUGGUGUCACUGGAGAUGUCAGUAACACCAAGUCAGUUCCCCCCAGUGUCGGAAUGCCUGCCACAGUCCCGCUAUAAGUCGGUGA